UGUUGACAGACUCGCUGGGCGCGUCAUCAACGGUGACGUCUUAAACCCGCGACAUAUUCUCGGCGACUUUCCCACAUGAGAGUUCCGUCUCAGCAGACAUGGCUGUGGCGGUGAUGUGUGGUGAGUGGCUCGUGACAGCCAGCGGAAAAAGUUUGACAGCAGUACAUACGCGCGAGAAUCGAGAGGCGUUCGGGUUCGACUGCAGUCAAGUGGAGCAGAAGCCGAAGGAUGCAGCAGCGUGCGACAGCAACAGGGAGGAGGGGGCAGAGGAGAAAGGAAGUGAUGCGGUUCUGCCUGUGGAGAAAGGAAGUGAUGCGGUUCUGGCUGUGGCUGCCUCCCCGAGUGGCAGACUGCUGGUCCUGACUGACGACCGCAAACGCCUCUUACUGCUGAGCUCACAGCCGACCUGGCACCUCCUCAGCUGCAGAUGGGUGGUUCGUAGAUGCACUGCGUUGGCGUUCUCUCCAGAUGAGGAGUGUGUGUGGGUGGCUGAUAAGUCUGGGGAUGUGUAUUCCUUCUCCACCACACACACACACACACCUGGAGAUCUCCGACUGGGACACCUAUCAAUGCUCCUGGCCCUGGUGGUGACUGCUGAUGACCGGUAUGUCAUCACUGCUGACCGAGACGAGAAGAUCAGAGUCAGCCUCAAAUUGGCCCCACACAACAUCCAGUCCUUCUGCCUUGCACACACAGAGUUCGUCAGCACUCUGUUUGUCCCUCCCCGGCACCCUGACCGGCUCUUCUCUGGAUCUGGGGACGGUACAGUGAAACUUUGGGAGUAUGCAACAGGCAAGAGGUUACAGAGCUGCGAUCUGACAGAACUAUUAAACCAAGAUGAAACAGAUGAGAGGGUGUGUAUAAAGCGCCUCAGCAGCUCUCCUGAUGGACAGCAUUUAGCAGUGCUGUGUGAGAGGUUGCCAAGGUUACAGCUCUUUGAGAUGAAGACGGGAUCUGAAGUCACACCCACUCAGUGUCUGACACUCCCACAGUCACCGUUGGAUACGACCUUUGAUCCCCAGGGCCGUCUUUGGGUGCUCCUGGAUGACCAACAAACACCUGUGCUGCUGUACACACACACGUCGCAAUGCUGGGAGCAGUGUGAUGCAGAUCAGCCAGAUCUGAAGAGAGUGACUGAAGGUCUACACACUCACAGUCUCCCUCUCCCAGAUGCCAGGCUGUACCUCCAUCAGCUGUAUAAGGCCGGCUUUGACAACACUGCCACCUACAGGCAGCGUAAGGAAGAGCGUCUGCAGCAGAGGAGAGAGCCUAGUGCGUCCCCACAACCCAACGGGGCCAAACGCACCCGGGCCCUCAUCUCCUAGCAACCCAGAGUGAACAUUAUGGGAUGGCCGUUAAUGGGAACACAUUAUGCAUCCUAAAAUAUGACUCAAUGUGAUGCUUAGAAGUCCAAAGCAAUAGUAGAUUUAAGAUGCUGUCUGUCUACAAGCUUUUUUUAAGAAAAUAAAAGUGCUACUGUUGAAA